GGGAGGGGAAGGAGCAAGUUAGACUGAGGGGCAGCUCUGCAGAUAUUACAGAUACACUGCAGACCGCAGCAAGUGGGUGCAGACGAAGAGCAGCGGACAGACCCUGGCUGCCGGCCGUGACCCUGUACCAUAGGCCGAAGUGAAUCCCAGCAGACCUCCUGCCCACCCCCCCCGGGAUUGAUGCAUUGCAGUUCCAGGGUGCUGCGGAACAUUGCCCGACUGGAGAGACUGCACCACCACCUGCUGGCUAUGGAGGGCAGCAACGCGGCCACUGACGCCUCGGAAGACCGGGAACUCCGUACUGUCACAGCAGGGAUCAUCAUAAUUGGAGAUGAGAUCCUAAAGGGCUACACCCAGGACACCAACUCGUUCUUCCUGUGCCGGAGGUUACGGUCGCUGGGGGUGAAGGUGGAACGAGUGUCGGUGGUGCCAGAUGAGGUGGAGUCCAUUGCUGGCGAGGUGUCUGCCUUCUCUGGUCGCUUCUGCUACGUGCUGACCUCAGGCGGCAUCGGGCCCACCCACGACGACGUCACCUUCGAGGGGGUGGCCCGAGCCUUCGGCGAGACCACCUACCCCCACCCGGAGCUGGUGGCCCUGGUGAGGCGGCUGUCCGGUGAGGUUGAGGAGGGGGGCUCCGAGACGGAGAGCGGGCCCCGGACGAAGCUCGCCCUCGUCCCCCGCUCCUCCCGGCUGCACUACGGCGUGGACUGCUUGACAGGAGCCCCGCUCCGCUAUCCGCUGGUCAGCGUGCGGAACGUCUACCUCUUCCCCGGCGUGCCCGAGCUGCUGGAGCGGGCAAUGGGGGGCCUGGAGGGCCUGUUCCGGAACCACGGGCUGCGGUACGCCACCCGGGAGCUCUUUGUGGAUGCCGAGGAGACCCGCAUCGCUCCUGUGCUGCAGGAGGCCCACCGGCGAUUCGGCCGCCGGGUCGGGCUGGGCUCCUACCCCGCCUGGGGCAGCAACUUCUACCGGGUGAAGGUGACCCUGGACUCGGACCGCGAGGAGCCGCUGGAGGAGGCACAUCGCUUCCUGGCUGGGAACUUGCCCCCUGGUUCCAUCGUCCCCCUGGAGAAGGACCCCGUGGCUGUGUCGGCUCACAACGUCUAUCAGCUGGCCCAGUCAGAAUCGCGGCUCGGACAGAAGGUGUCAGCGGCACUGAAGACACUGGAGGACGCCUUAGCCCAGUACAGUCUGUCCGAACUCUGUGUGGGAUUUAAUGGCGGAAAGGACUGCACAGUUCUGGUGCAUCUGUUUCACGCAGCUGUCAGCAGGUGUGAGAAACACAGGGAUGUGGGACAGUGGGAUUAG